AUGGAAAACACAUCCACCCCAUGGGGUCCCGACCCACAUUCCGCCAGCGGAGAAUUUGAAGAAUUGUGCAGUGUGAGAAACCCAAGAUCCUUCCGGGACACUAUCCGCGGUCUCGGCUGCGUCGAUCGACAAGGGUGUGAUGGUGGUGGCGGGUUGACGGUGUACCCGAGACGUGUCCAUGGGGCUUGCUUAACAGUCAACUUUGAUCAUAUCCCAGAUCAAUACGGAACCGACGCCAACAUUGUGAUGAUUGUGAGAUAA